AUGACGGCACUAUUGGAUUCUGGAGCAUUCUCUUGCUAUAUCGACCAAAGAUUCGCUGAGAAGCAUGGGUUUAAGAUGAUACCUCUAAAGCAUGAAAUCCAAAUCCUCAACACAGACGCCAGCCCCAACAAGGGUGAUGCAAUUACUCAUCUCACGGACAUUGGGAAAUUAGACAUGAUCAUUGGGAUGUCAUACUUAUGUCAGCAUAAUUCAGAAAUCAACUGGCAAGCUGGAGAAUGGAAAUACUCACGAUGCCCGAGUACGUGU